AUGCAUGAUGCACGUAUACUUGGAGAGUCAGGCUUGAUGCAAGACCUCAGGCAGGAUGCAUUUGCACCAGACGGCACCCCAUUAUGUCUAUAUGGUGACCCAGCCUACCCAUUGAGGGUCCACCUCCAGCAACCAUUCCGAAAUAAUGCCGAAUUAACAGAAGAUAUGAGGCAAUAUAACAAGGCAAUGAGCAGUGUACGAGUCAGUGUGGAAUGGUUAUUUGGAGAAAUAACCAACUAUUUUAAGUUUGUAGAUUUUAAGCAACAACUUAAAAUACGGUUAAGUCUUAUUGGGAAAAUUUACAUUGUAUCUGCCAUAUUGCAAAAUAGUUUAGCUUGCUUGUAUGGUAACAUUGUAUCAGAAUAUUUUGAAAUCAACCCACCAACACUAGAAAACUACUUCUGGAGAGCUGAUGCAUAG